UGUUUUGAAUUUGCACGCUUGUUUUGUUUGAAAUUUGCGUUUCGCGAAAGAAUGGCUGAAAUCGAGGCGAUAAUUUCGCGGCAAGGAGCGGUGCACACGCUCAAGGAAACUGUGGUCGCUGGGGACAUGAAAGACUUGAUCGCCAGUCUCAAGAAUAUCAAAGGAUCAACGAACGAACUCCUCACCAAGUUCGUGCAGGAAGACGCUACCAAACCGGGCGCACGUGCAACCAAAUCGCCUGAUUGCGAUGAAGAGGGCGAUGAAGAGGACAGCGACGAACCGGAUGCAAGCGAAGAAACACCCCAGAAGCGUGCCAAAACGUGACGCACCAAAGGAAACGCCCGUGUUUGCGCAUGCAUUCCGAUUCGCUUUCGGUUGCUAGGUAGAUUGUUAUGUUUCCUUUUUGCGGAGAAGCAGAUUCAUCGGAAUAAAAUGAUUUGGUCACUUCCCACGGUAAAUCUGUGACGAUGUGCGAUCUAUCUAUGCCCAAGUUUCACUCGACCGAAUCAUCCGAAAGUGAGGAUGUCACCGAUACCACCACGCGAGCUUCGACAGCGGAAUCCAACAGCCAGCUGGGCCCCAAGGCUGUGUUUAAUGAGAUGGAAAGUGCGAUGAUCAACAUCAUCAUCGAGGAGGCCACCUACAAGCUGAUCGUAAUCAAUCGCGAUGGAGAUAAGACUAGCGCACCGAUUGUUCGGAAGCCUCCGAUGCACGUGCGCUUUGAUCCAUCCUACAAGAACCAACUACUGAGCGAAAACAUGGUCGUCGACCAAGCGAUGGGAAAGAUGAUUUUAGUUAAACUGCAGAAUGAUGUAUCAAAUUUACGUAAAUUGCUAUCCGAUACGCAUACGGAAAUGGCUGAAUUCGGGAGCUUCGAAACACUACAAACCUUCAUGGACAACGACAUCCAAAGCGAGCAGGAAGAGCUGAUCCUCAUACGAGACAGCAUACUGAAUGAGAAGAAGCUGAAAUCGUUGCAAACACAGCUGGAGGGUGUUAACCGGGAGUGCAAAAAUGUGCUCAAACAUCUCGAUGACGAGAUCUUCGAUUUGGAGACGAAAGUUAAGGAUGCACGGAUCGAGAAUGAGGUGAAAUCGAAGCUGGUGCAGCAGUGGGAACGAACUCGCCACGAACAGGCACGCAUCAUUAUUCAGAGCAAGGAGAACGAGCUGCUAUCGUCGUCGAAGCAGACGAAAGAUAACAUCGACCGGGAGCUUCGAUUGAAGAUGGAAAUUGAUGUUUACAUCAAUUACUGUAUAGAUCAGAUCAGUGAAAAGAUCGCGUUCUGGACGGACAAGUAUCAACGGGAAAUCAAGGCGCUCGAUGCGCAAAUCGCCGAGCACCGGGACAAGAUCGUGAACCUAAAGGUACAGUUUGAAGAGAUGACGAUACUGUUCAAGCAUCGCGAGAAGGAUUUAAAGAUUUGUGCCGAGUUCAUGAAGGAGCGCGAGCAACAGUUAGCCCUAGCUAAUAAGCAGCUACGAUCGGCGGUGAAGAUACAGGCGUGGUGGAGGGGCACGAUGGUUCGCAAAGGGUUGGGGCAGUUCAAGCGCAAGAAGAAACAGAAACCACCGAAGGCACCGAAAAAGGGCAAGAAGGGAAAGUAAUCUCCCAACCGUAUUUGCUUGGUUUAUUUCCAAAUCUUCUCCA